GUGAGGAGACACUCAGAGCCAAAACAGCAUCCAGAGAGGAAAAAUAGACAACAGUGAACCAUUGUGGGAUAAAGGGAAAAGGAAAAGGACUUCAGCCAAACUGAUACAGAUAUGGAGCCCGAAAUGAAGACUCAGACACCAGCAGAACAGAUGACUGACUGGGAUUUGUCCGAACAAAUCAAACGGGUGACCAAGGACAGUCACGUCAGGGCGGAGAACACAGAACUGAUGCUGAGUUACCAGAGGGGACAAGUUACCCUGGAGCAGUACAAGCUCCUGCUGUGUUCACUGUAUGAGAUCUACCAGGCCUUGGAGGAGGAACUGGACAGGAACUCUAACCACCCUAGUGUCAUGCCGAUUUACUUCCCCACCGAGCUUGCGAGACUGGAGUCCAUUGAGAGAGACCUGAAAUACUUCUACGGCCAAGACUGGAGAGAGAAGAUUAUCGUUCCUGCAGCCACAAAAAGAUAUUCUCACAGAUUAAGACAAAUUGGCAAAGAAAAUCCAGAAUUCCUGGUUGCCCACGCUUACACACGCUACCUAGGAGACCUGUCAGGUGGGCAGAUCCUGGGCCGAAUUACCCAGAAGUCCCUGGGGCUGAAGAAUGGCGAGGGCCUGUCAUUCUUCUCCUUCCCUGGUGUGUCCAGCCCCAACCUGUUCAAACAGCUGUACCGCAGCAGGAUGAACAGCAUCGAACUGACCGAGGAGGAGAGGAACGGAGUGCUGGAGGAGGCCGUCAGAGCCUUCGAGUUCAAUAUCCAGGUCUUUGAUGAUCUACAGAAGACGCUGGGAGCCACUUCCAGAGAAAGUGAGCUGCAGAGACACACCAAGCAGUCCACACUCAUCCAUGGGGAUCAGUUGUUGCCCGAGUCACUCCAGAUGACCAUCAUGAAGGCCUCUCCUCUCUUCAGAAUGGUGCUGGGGCUCUUCGUGGCCCUGGCUACAGUCAGCAUGGGCAUCUACGCUCUUUAAUGGAACUGCAACCAACAAUCCUAUCGGCCCACUGCCGUCUGUGGAACACAGCCUCCUUUUCUCAAAGCCAGAUGAAAACCCUUAUUUGCGGUCUUCAGUGAUGCAAUUGUUUGUGUAAAUAUCAAAUACUGUACCCUGUUUUUUUCCCUUCUAAAUCGUCACUGUUAUGUUGACUCAGGCACAUUGUUAAUGUUCAUUUACAUGUGAACGGUGAGCGUUAGAAUUUGCCGUCUUGUAUUUUUUGUAGUUUUUAUAGCAAUUUUGCAGUGCAAUCUUUUUAUGCUGUAGUUGGUACCUUGUGCAAUAUAUUUUUUGAAAAAAUGUAUGUGUAAAUUAAAUGAAUAGUUCUACUUUGAAUUAAAAAAAUUUUCUAAAAAAAAAA